CCCCGGGGGCGCCACUUCCGGCUUGUCUUAUUGAUUUUAGGACCUUCCCGAAUAGUAAACUCGCCCGGCCACCUGCGCCCGCUCGUACGCGAUUUGUGAACUCGGACCGGGCAAUGUGUUCCGCUCAAUGAAAGGUUGCCGUGGUUCCCUUCGCUUCCCGUGUCCUCCCGGAACCCGGCUCGGUUGUUUGCAUACGGACGUCCUCAGGGAACACCUCACAACUCGGCCAGUCACGUUCACGCUGCCGAGUCCUGGCGGGGAAGAGGACUCCCUGCCGUGCGGGCGGGAGGCGAGAGUCUCCACGCCGACGAGUGUGUGGAUCCGAGAACAUCAUCUGGUGGACGACGUCGGGAAAGCUGUUGGGGCGGAUGAGGCUGGAGCUGGAGCCGUGCUCGCCGCUCGCAAUUUCUUCGUCGCAUUUUCAUUUCCCGUUCGCGGAGCAUAGAAAAGCCGAACAUCUCGGCGGCCGUCAGUCAGUCGAGUCGAGGAAUCUUAGUCGGAACCAAGCAUUGUCGCUGCCGUGCCACCGCCGCCGUCGCUCAUUUUCAUAAUUUCUUUUCAUUUCGGUUUUCUCUCUUCGUUUCUGAAUCUCCGAAUUGGGAACUGGAGGACCAGUUUCUUGAGGUUGGAGACUUGCGAGCAGAAACCGCGAAAUUUGGAAAAGUCCAAGCCGCAAGGCGGAUGCCGCGUGAGACUCAGACUGUGGACCGGAGUCCGGUGCUUUGGAAGUGUUUUGACUUGCCCAGCUAAGUCCGCACAGCGAUUGCUGCUUUCCUCGAGAUUCCGCGGGUGCUUGGAAUUUCUGGAGAUUUUGUAAAUAUUGGGUCGGUUCGAACACCCCCCGCCGGUUCGUGAUAAUUUCCGCUCCGUGUUUCCCAGAUAAACAAAAGGAAAUUCUGCGUGUACGUGACGUCGGUGGCUUUCAAUCGCGCUGUUAUCGUGCGUCUAUGGUUGCAGCCGUUUCCCGCCAAAACUUGGACGUUGCACUUUUUGUAAAUUAUUCGCAUGAAACCUUUCCCCGGAUUAGUGCAAUUAACGCGAUUUUACGGCGAAUUAAAUAUGAAAAGUGAUUAAAAAUUUUAAUAUUCCAUUCCGCAGUGAUUCCGCAGAGCAAACGCUUCACGUUUUUUAUUGUUGAUACGCGGAAAAGAUAUAAAUGUUGAAGAAGUGUAAAAAGUAGUGUUUUGAUAGCUUUCGACAUAGCCUGGAAAGUGGUGCACAUAAAACGCCUCCGUCUGCCUUUGAGGCCGCAGUUUUACAGCUGAUUUGCCGCUCGUUUGGGAAGGUUCGUAUGCGACAUCGUUUCAGAUAUCAAUUUUCUGACAAGCUUAUCUCAAAUUACGAAGCAAACGAAACAUAAAGAAGAAAGUCCUCGAAACGGAAUCGAAAUAAAAGUCAUUGUGUCGUUCCAGUCCAUAUCAAACAGAAGAGUGGAGUUGAAAUUUCGCAAAAUAAGCAGAAAAACGGUUUUCCUGCCGUCGAUUGUUUUUGCUCGGUCAAGUGAAAAGCGUCACUGCUGCACGUUCGUACACACUCCUUUUGCAACCAUCAAACCACCCUCUCCCAUUCCCAUCCUUUUCGAUAUAGAUAGAUUUCUGCGUGUAUAUUUCUAUCUGUUAUUGUUUGCGUUGGUUUCAGAUUCUCACGUUGUCCUUACCCCUACACUGCCCUGACUUGCUUUCUAUUUACAACAACCUUUGGUGGUUACAAUACACUUUCUCCUUGUCCUUUUUCCAAUUGUGUGGAAUCGAGCGAUUUCUUGGAAACAACGAAGCUUUCCACGCUUUUUCGCCGGAUAGGCAGGAAAAAUCAAUGCGCACCGACAGGACUACGUAGAGAGUAACGAAACAGCUGAUCGUCAAUGGCAACAAUAGACUCAGCAUCACAUUGGAAUGAUGGAGCGGCGCCAUGUCGAAAUCAACGUGCACCGCGGAUUGGAGACAUUCAACGCCACAAAGCCGUGGAAUUGGAGCGCAGUUUGACAUCAAGUAGUAGUGGUAGCUCAAGUACAAAUAGUAGCACAAAUAAAUCGCCAACAGCCACAACACCAACAACGACUAACCCAUUUAUCCUCCGACCUUCGCCAAACAAUCGUACAAGCAAUAACAUUCCAACUGAGGACAACUGGGAGAAGGACGACCACCCUCCAGUCGAAGUUGGCUGCACCGAUAACAAGGAAUUAGUUGAUGAUGGAGUUUGUAAAGAAUCCUUGUCGAGUAGGCAGGAACUAUCGAGUGAUAAACUUGUUCAGGAUGGGACAGGCACUAGUGAGUUUGAAUACAAGGAGUCUGGCGGAGAGACAAAGUGCUGCAGUGAUGCUUUUCGUCCGACGGAAACACAAUUAAUCAGCGGAGAUACGCACGUUCAAUCGAAGAAGGAGAAGAAGUCGUUACCUAGUCGAAACGAAGAUAUAGUGCAGACCAGCCGAGAUGAAGCUGAGCCUGAUGAAAGCGUGGACCAAUCCGAUGAUGACCAGGGCGAAGGUGAUGACAAAAACUCCGCUGACCGCUUUGCAUCAGUUUGCCGACAAACCACAGUCAUCCAGCGACCGCAAAAUCGUUUUGUUGUAAGUGCUCAAACGCAGGAGGAAGUUGCCACUCCAGCGAUAGUGACUACGAAGACUGCUACGAAAAGGGGGGCAAUUCCGAAAAUGCAAUCAGCCGAUUCGCGAUCCCACUCACCGCGAACUCCUCUAAGCCCCAGUGGAAGUCCCUUAGGAAGUCCUCGUAGCAACCGAAGACGCACACCCCUGAAGGAGUCUCGAAGAAUAUCAAUCGAGCAAUCUGGGGACGCAGUGCAAGUGAACCAAUACAAACUAAUGGAAGAGAUAGGAAAGGGUGCCUAUGGUUUAGUGAAGUUAGCUUACAACAAGGCUGAUUCAACACACUACGCCAUGAAAAUGCUCUCGAAGAGCAAACUGGUGAAGAAGGCUGGUCUGAUGGGACGAGGUCCUAAGAAGGCGACAAGUCUGACACCCCUUCAGCGUGUAUACAAGGAAAUAGCCGUGCUCAAGAAGCUCAAUCAUCCUAAUGUUGUGAAACUAGUUGAAGUGUUAGACGAUCCAGCCGAAGAUUGCCUUUAUUUAGCCUUCGAAUUAGAACAACAAGGUGAAGUGUUGCGAAUACCAACGGAACGACCAUUGAGUGAAGAACGUGCCUGGAGUGUUUUUCGUGAUGCUCUUCAAGGACUUGAAUAUUUGCAUUAUCAGCGCAUAAUUCAUUCCGACAUCAAACCGGGGAACCUUCUCCUGGGUGAGGAUGGUCACGUUAAAAUUGCCGAUCUCGGAGUCUGUACCGAAUUCCUUGACGAAGAUGCCACCAUGGAUAAUAAAUCGCCGGCGGGGACGCCAGCUUUCCGAGCACCUGAGACAUUGCUCGAGGGAGAGCAUUCCUACAGUGGCAAAGCAGCUGAUAUUUGGUCAUUAGGUGCAACGCUUUAUGCAAUCGUGUAUGGAAAUGUACCAUUUGUUGGUUUAACAGUGCCUGCAGUUUAUGAUAAAAUCAAACAUGAAACUCUUAAAUUUCCCAGCUUUCCAGCAAUAAGUGAUGAUUUGCGUGACUUAAUCUCAAAAAUGUUAGUUAAAGAUCCCGCACAACGAAUAACCCUUCCACAAAUUAAGGAUCAUAGGUGGGUAACGGUGAAUGGUAAAUACCCACUUCCUUCAGAGGAAGACAACUGUCGCCUUAUUGAAUUAGAAACUGAGGAUUUGAAUACCGUCUGUAGAAGUGUCCCGAAAAUGUUUGACACUUUCGUUUUGAUUAAAGCUAUGUUGAAAAAUCAUUCAUUUCAAAAUCCGUUUUCACGAUCGCCUUCCGGGCGAGCCCCGCAGCGAGGAGGAUCCCGCCUUGAACGAUUUGUCACAGCCGGUCGAUCAAAGUCCGCGCCCUGCGACUAUGGUAUAGAAAGCAAACAGGUGUCCAGCGAAAACAUCCUGCCAGUCGUCACAGAAACCGUUCCUAAUUCAAGUACCGAUUCAUUAGAUCAACCUACGGAGGACUCCAAUUGACACAACUUCACCAGCGCUACGCCGGAAGCACAAAAUAUUCUAGACCGAAUAUAGUCCUUUAUUCAUGCCAUACUUACAGCACAAAUUUUAUUACUACAAAGAAUUUCUUCAAAUGUUUAUUGUCUAUUUCAAUUUCAGGAUAGUUAUCGUUUUGUAAUUUUAGAGGGAUUGUUAGUUAUAUUUUUUUAUAUGUUUUUCUUUUCAAUAAAUGGGUUUUGUAGA